AUGAAAACACCAACACCAACAAACCACCUCCGCUUCGACCCCUGGACAACCUCCUCCACAGGCCACCAAGUCGCCGACUCAGCAGCCAGCAAAGCCUACCGGACCCUACGACAAGAGAAGCUAGCGAGACAGUUCGGCGAGGGACAGGGGGACUGCACAUUUGCGAGGGCAAGGAGCGCCGCAGGAACAGGGGCAGGGGAAUUGGAAAGAGGGACGUGGGUGGAGGUUACCUAUGAUCGAAAUAAGAAUGCGGGGCUAGGACGAGGGGGGCAGAGGGAUAUUAGGGGGAUGUUUGGGGUUGCGAAGGCUUCGUCGGUGGUGGAUAUGGGGGUUAAGGAGUCGAAGGUUGUUGGAGGGGGGAAACCUCUUCUUUCGUCUUUGGGUGAUGGCGUGAAGGGUUCAUCAGUGACAGCAACAGCAGCGGAAACACCUCAUGAUCCUCAUCCCUCGACAACAUCAACAUCGACAGCCCAUCCCAACAACGAACUCGAACCCGAAACCAAAACCAACCCAGUUCCAAAUUCCAACCCUCCAGACUCAUACCCUCAAAUCUUCACCACCCUAACAAUCUACAUAAACGCCCCCUCGCACCCCCUCCUCUCCGACCACAAACUCAAACAAAUCCUCACCCUGCACGGCGCAACCAUCGCGCUCUCGCUCUCCCGCCGCGUCACACACAUCAUCGUCGGGAAACCGAAUACGAGAUCAGGACACGGUUUCGGCGGGGGUCUCGCAGGCGGAAAAUUGCAGAGAGAGAUUACCAGAGCUGGGUGUCGCAGUUGGAAGGUGGUUUUUGUGGAAUGGGUCUUGGAGAGUAUUAAGGCUGGGAAGAGGUUGUCGGAAGCGAGGUUUGCGAUGCAGAUGGCGGAGAAGAGGCAGAGGAGUGUGUUGGCUUUUACGGCGGGGAAAUGA